CCCGCCGAGCCGCGCGCCGCGGCACGGCACGGUGACGGGCGGGGCCUGGCGGCCCGCGCGCCCUGCCGGAGUGCGGCGGGCGGUAGGCGGGGCUGCGGCUCGCGCGGCGGAGAGCGGCUCGCCCCCUCCCCCAGCACAGGUAGAUCUGCAAGCAGGCCUUGCAGUCCCUGCUGCACCGGUACAGGAUCAAGACCGUAACCUGAUUGACUCUGCUGUCACCCUAGUCAAGACAGAUGGACAGGGCUGGAUCCGUGUUUGGCUGUUUGCAAUACAGCAGUUUGAGCCGAUGCUGAUCAGUUUCUGAGGGAAGCAAUGAGACUGAAACUUCUGGGCUUUCAGACUAGAUCUUUCCAUGCUUUAACAACAAUAUGCCAAUGCCAAAGCUUUAAUAAAACUGGACGUCUGGAUAACGAAGUUGACAGAACAGCUCACAGAACAGCAAAGCCUUGGAAUUUGUAUGCUCUGAAAACUGCUUCUCCUAGUUUGACAAGUCGAUGUGUGCAAGUCAAGGACUGGCAAUUGCUCCAAGGAAAUGUAUCGGCUUUGGGAAAAAAUGCUUGUUAUCAGAGUGGGAAGGGUUUCUUUCCAUCCUGGAAACAUUUUGGUGUGGCAAUGGUGGAAAACUACAAGCUCAGUACAGAGCAUAUUAAAAAGCUUGGGAACGUAUCCUCGAGAUUUUACUCGGUUGUAUCAACUGGUAAAAUUAUUCCAAGACACAGUAACCAGCCAGUUAAGAGGCCACCAAAGGCACCAAGGACCAAGCAGCCAUCCAGAACUAACCAGCCACUACUGUCAGACAUGGAGAAUCUGAUGCAGUGCACAGCCUUUGCAACAGCAGAUGAAUAUCAUCUUGGUAAUCUGUGUCAUGACCUGACUUCACACGGAUAUGUUGAAAUAACAAGUUUGCCUAGAGAUGCUGCAAAUGUUUUGGUUAUUGGUACUGAGAAAUCUGCAAAAGAAGAUGAUCCUGGCACGAUUUUUUUCUUCAGGGAAGGGGCUGUUGUGUUUUGGAAUGUGGAAGAGAAAAGUAUGAAGAAUAUCAUGCGAGUGCUCGAACAGCAUGAAAUUCAGCCAUAUGAAGUUGCACUAGUCCACUGGGAGAAUGAAGAGAUGAACUAUAGAAUAGGAGAAGGUCAGUCAAAGCUUCAUAAAGGAGAAAUCUUGUUAAAUUCUGAGCUGGAUAGUGAUGAAGUUGUUCUGCAGAAAUUUGCCUUUUCAAAUGCCCUUUGUCUUUCCGUAAAGCUGGCUAUUUGGGAGUCAUUAUUGGAUAACUUUGUGGAAUCUAUCCAGUCAAUUCCUGAGAUACUGAAGUCACGAAGGAAGGUGAAACUGUCUCAUGCAGAUGUAAUGCAGAAAAUCGGAGAACUCUUUGCAUUAAGACACCGUAUAAAUCUGAGUUCAGACCUGCUAAUAACACCUGACUUCUACUGGGAUAGAGAAAAACUGGAAGAGCUUUAUGACAAGACUUGCCAGUUUCUCAACAUUAAUCGCAGAGUUAAGGUAAUGAAUGAAAAGCUUCAGCACUGCAUGGAGCUGACAGACCUCAUGAGAAAUCACCUGAAUGAAAAGCACGCUCUACGCCUCGAGUGGAUGAUAGUCAUACUCAUCACCAUAGAGGUUCUGUUUGAACUUGCAAGGGUAGUUUUCUGACGACAGAAUAAACUCUGAAGAAAACUGACAAAACCAUGAAGACUGUAUGGCCCAGAAACUUCAGGUCUAUCAUACGUUUCUGGAAAACAGUGGAUCUGUCUAUUUAUAAAUAUGUACAUCAUCUACUCAAAUAAAAAAAAAAAUCAGUCUGUGAAUGUUA